AUGGUGGCUAAAACCAGAAAACAGUCCGGGAAGAGUCCGGCGACCCAGACUGACCGCGACAAGAGCCCGCUCGUUUCGCCCCCUGGCAAAAGUAACGUUAGGCGACCAGGCAGGGAGGGCAAAGCUUUCAACAGCUCUCAUCCAAACGGGCUCUCGGGCAUCAGGCACAAGCUCGGGCUAACUCCCUCUGGAGCCGUGAAGCUGGGAAUCACUCUUCUCCUCGCUGCUCUGACUGGCUAUCUCCACUGGCAUCAUCUCUCACAGCUGUUUGAGAAUGACAGACACUUUUCACACUUGUCAAACCUGGAGAAAGAAAUGGCUUUCCGGACAGAAAUGGGUCUGUAUUAUUCUUACUACAAGACCAUCAUUGAGGCUCCCUCUUUCCUGGAUGGCCUCCACAUGGUCAUGAACGAUCGGCUGACAGAGUACCCCCUGGUUAUUAACACGCUGAAGAGAUUCAAUCUCUAUCCAGAGGUGGUCCUGGCAGGCUGGUUCCGGAUGUACACCGGCGUAAUGGGAUACUUUGGGAUCCCCACAAAAAUGUGCUGGUCCAUCAACCGAGGAGAGGGACUCAGUCCUGUGGACAGCUGCGAAGGGAUGGGCGACCCGGCGUACUUCUACGUGGCCUUUGUGUUCCUGCUGAACGGCGCGAUGAUGAGCCUGUUCUUCAUUUACGGCGCCUACCUCAGUGGCAGUCGACUGGGCGGCAUUGUUACCACCAUGUGUUUUUUCUUCAAUCACGGCGAGAGCACUCGUGUGAUGUGGACUCCGCCUCUGAGGGAGAGCUUUGCCUACCCCUUCUUAGUCCUGCAGAUGCUUCUUCUCACCUACAUCCUACGGACACGGAGCCCGAGCAGGACGGCCAUGGUCGCCCUGGGCAUCUCCAAUUUGUGCUUUAUGCUGCCUUGGCAGUUCGCCCAGUUUGUGCUGCUCACUCAGGUGGCUUCUCUGUUUGCCUCUUACAUCCUGGGUUACCUCGGCGCCGCCAAGAUGCAAUCCAUCCUGGUCACUCAUAUGAUCACUCUCGGCGUCUGCUUCGUCCUGAUGUUUGGAAACUCCAUGCUGCUCACGUCCUUCUACGCCUCCUCGCUAGUCUCCAUCUGGGCAAUCAUUGCAUUAAGGGAUCGAUUUGCUCAAGUCUUUAAACCUGGCAUCGUCAUCUGGCUCAUGCAGGGUUUGGCUUGGGUUGGCUCCACCAUUCUGCUCAAAUUCAUGCUGUCUACAGUCCUCUGUGCCUCGGAUGAUGCUCACAUCAGUGCACUGAUCAAGUCUAAGUUCACGAGCUACAAGGACUUCCACACUCUGAUGUACACGUGUGCUGCAGAAUUUGACUUCAUGGAGUUGGAGACCCCUUUACGUUACCUCAGAACGUUGCUGCUGCCCAUCAACAUGCUGGUGGUUGCUGUCAUCGCUUGGAGGACGGUCCAGGAUAUAGUCCGGUUCCUGAGGGACGGAGGGAAGGCGUCUGUCAAGCCUGAUGAUGUUGAUGAAGCUGCAGGGUCUGAAAUAGCUGCAAAAGGAGAGCUGGUGUACCACAGCCUGCAGCUGGUGGCGUUUGCUGUCCUGGCCAUCCUCAUCAUGCGUCUCAAGCUCUUCCUGACGCCCCACAUGUGCAUCAUGGCCUCGCUCAUCUGCUCCAAACAGUUGUUUGGCUGGAUCGGGGAGAGAUAUAAACCCCAAGUUGCAGUGUUUGCAGUCAUGGCGAUCAUGGCCGUACAGGGAGUGGCCAACCUGCAGGCCCAGUGGGGGAUCAUCGGAGAGUUCAGCAACCUGCCGCAGGAGGAGCUGCUGGACUGGAUCCAGGAAAACACCCAGCCUGAUUCUGUGUUUGCUGGGGCCAUGCCCACCAUGGCCAGCGUGAAGCUUUCCACAGGCCGGCCCAUCGUCAACCACCCCCACUACGAAGACUCUGGUCUGAGGGAGAGAACCAAGCUGGUCUACUCCAUGUACAGCCGCAUGACUGGCGAAACGGUCCGGGGGAACCUGAUGAAGCUGGGAGUGGACUUCUUCGUCCUGGAGGAUUCCUGGUGCACAAGGCGAACCAGGCCUGGGUGCAGCAUGCCAGAGAUCUGGGACGUCGAGGAUCCCCAAAAUGUUGGUAAAACUCCGUUUUGCACCCACAUGUCCAAGAGCUCCCGUCCCCACUUCGCCACCGUCUUUUCCAAUGACAUUUACAAAGUUUUAAAAGUCCCCAAAGCUACCAACGACCUCAGAUAACACCAUGAGGCCGACUGGGUUUUUUGCAUUUUGAUGAGUCACUGCCAUUGCUGCUUUUUUUUUUUUUUUUUUUUACCCAAACCCCCACAGUUCCCCUUUUUUGUGGUGCUCUGAUUCUCUGAGCGAGGGGCUCGUACACUAAUCGGUUGGACACGCCUAAACCGUCUGAGUCUCUCCACACUCGGUGCGUUUGCAGUUCUCGUGACUUCAAGGAACUCCCUGUUCCCCACAUUUUGCCAAUCAUCCUUGUUGCUGCAUCGUUGUCAUCCGGCGAGUUUCCCCAUUACGCCCAUUGGUGCCCAAGUUAAAGCUAAAAGGGGUCGUAGCUCUUUAUUUAGUCUGUUGCAUUGGUUCUGUUGUAUAGAAUCUUUAGUUUAAGAAACAUUGUCUUCAAAGAGAUGCUGUUCAUACAUCAGUAUUGUUUCUAACUGUGUAAAAUUCUCGUGCCGAAGAAGUACAUUUUGUCUGGACCAGUCGACGAUGUCCACAUACUGUGAAGCCAUACCCUUUGCAAACUUGACAAAAGCUGACUUCCUGUAUUGUUAUGCGCAGUGUUGAUCUCGUAGAAAAGAAAAAAAAAGUUUUUCAGUAGUACACGAUUUUUAUAAUUUAUUUCUGUGAAUAUAUUUUUAUGCAAAGUUCAGAGACGUUUUCUGUAGAAGCCAACAAUGUUUUAAGAGUCUUUGGACUCGCAGGGGAACAUUCUGUUCUUGUGUUUGGAAGCUUUUAAAAACAUUUGUACUACAUAUCAUUCAGCCCAGACGGAAUUCAUUGGAAUUCAGAAUUUCACACAGUAGAAGACAUUUCAUUCUUAAUUUAGUCAUAAACUAGCAAAGAAUUUUCUCAACUGUGCCCUGUUCCAACUUUUAUGUAAAUACCCAAACUGUUGUUUUGUACAAUACCAAUGUUCGGCCUUCAAAAGGUUAUUUUUGUUUCUUGAAUUACUGUUUAUUGCCAAAGGAAGUGUUGAUAUUGAAGCUACAGAUUCGGGGGACUGUAGCACAUAAAAAAAAAAAAAAAAAAUGUUUUUAGUAAUUAAGAACAUUACAUUUGUGAGUUCUGUGACAGCCAAUCCAAACUUUUUGUAGCAGUGGAUUUUAUGUAAAUGGUAGCAGUCGUUGGUUCCUUCUUCAGGGCGCAUUAAUGACCGUUCAAUAUCUCACCUAAUAGACUUAUUUGCUUUUUGGCUGAUCUUUUGGUUAGAUGAGAAGAUCGAUAUCAGGUCUGUAUAGGAGAGCUUUAUCAAUCUCCUUAUUUCAUUUUUGGGAAGGCUAGUUAUUGUAUUUCUCAAAAUGUUGUUGAGGGGUAGCAACAGGAGAAAAAUGUUUUCUCUUUCUGAUCCCUUUUCCUCCUGCAAGAGCGUGACUUUAAGCCCACGCCCCACAGAACUGUUCUGUUGCAUGUUUACUCCUCCAACAUGAUGGGAUGUCCUUCACAAUUAUCGAUUACUACUUAUCAAAUAUUCCCUAACGGGUUUUUCGUUUCUGAAAAGGCUGCGAGCUUCUCUCCGCUUUAAUGUAUUCUUUGUGUAUGAACUUGUAACGGGUUAAAAUAAUUUCGGUACACAACACAUCGUGGUGCAGGUGAUUUCGUUGAUUGGGCGCCAGAAUGAGAUAACAGUCCUUCUGCGGUGAGAUUAAAUGUGCCGGAGCGAGGGCUUGAACAAAUCACACAGUACACAUUUAAUCUGGGACAUUUUGUCGUUCUGAUUGUCCGAGCUGUUGGUUUGUGUCUUACUUGUACGAAGACGGAAGUUUCACGGUGUAAAAGUGAUCUUCUAGGUCGAGUGUCCGUUUUUUAAGGAUUGUAGCCGCUCUUCCCAAAACACUUUGACAGAAGUAGUUUGUUCCUGUCGCAAACAUAAAUGUGUUUCAGAUGUCUUUUCUAAUGUCUAUUUUGUCUGUAUUUUAAAAAGAAUAAAAUAUUUGCCAUUA